AUGGCCGAGGUACAUGAGCAUUGUGAAAAGUGUUACAAUGUCCAGUGUCAAGUCCCGGUGCAGACCUCUAUCUCAUGCAUCAUCAUAAAAUGUCGUAAAACCUGUGGCGCCACCCUCCAUACGUGCAAACAAGAGGAGCACCAGCGUCUCUGUCCCAAUGAGACAGUCCCUUGCAUCAAUGCCAACUAUGGCUGUCCUCUCACCAUGCUGCGCCACAGGCUGGCCAAACACCUGGAGGUCUGUCCUGCCAGCGUGGUCUGUUGCUCUCAGGAGUGGAUCCGCUGGCCUGUCUCAGAAACUGAUCAGACCUUUUACAGAAAUAUUUCAGAAAAUCCUCAAGCUGAGCUGGACCUGGAUGUUGCUAUGGCUCUGCGGGACCAAGAGCUGCUGUUUCGAUCUAUCAAAAUGAAGAGCAUUUUUCCAGAGCUGGUGAUGGAGAAUCAUGCCCUUCAGGAAACUGCUGCCAGGGUCAACAGUCUCGCAGAGGAAGCAGCCUGUUCUUCACAUUGUAGUGAAUUUACAGAAAAUGGCCUUGCAGGGGUGGAGGAGGAAGAGCUGAAUCAAGAGGAGAGGGAGGCUUUGGCAAAGAGCAUGAAUGUGGAGAGUAUUCAAAACUACAGCUCCUGGGAGAAGAUAUUCACAAAGGAGAUGGAGGGAUGCAAGCAAACUGUCAAAAACCUGAAUAAGAGGGAUGAAAAGGGAAAGCAAAAGAAAGAGCAAGAAUCAUCAAGCUGUCAGGGAGAGACAGGAGACUCACACCUGAACCAGGAGAAUGCUUCUGCUGCUGCUGCUGCACCUCCGAGGAUGGAUGGUGCAACCGGCCUUGCACCAUGGCAAGACGGGGUCCUUGAAAGGUUAGGUAAAGAAUUCAACAUUGGUGAAUAUAACAUGUAUCUAGUGCACAAUGGGGCAAUGUUGAUUAACUUCGGGCAACUUGCCGCUUGUACCCCAAGAGAAAAGGAUUUUGUUUAUGGGAACCUGGAGCCCAUUGAGGUUAAAACUGUUCGCUCAUUUAAAGUUCCCACCAGCUAUAGAGCAAAGCGAAAUCAUCUGAAAGACCCUACACACAAGGCCCAGACCACACACCAGUGUGUUGACACUGCAGAUCUGGGCGUGUCAGUCGAAGAUCUUUCAAAGUGUGACGAGGUCAGUGCCACACUCCUCUGCUCCCUGGAGAAGGAACUGAAAGGACAUUUAAUCUCUGAGAGUGCGGCGAUAGAUGGUCUUUAUAUGGAUAUAGGAACACAAACAUACAACUUUUCCUCUGCACCAUUCGAACCGGAUGCAUCCCUUGCUGAUGUCAUUGCGGACAAACCUCGUGGCCUUUAUGUACACGUUGAAGCAGAACCUGUCACCAGAAGACAUAACAAGACAAGUUCAGCCUUCAGCUACAUGUGUGGCCACUUCUUUCGCCGUGAUGAAUACCGCUCUCAUUUCAGGAAUGUGCACUCUGACAUACAGGCCUCUCUAAGUGGCUGGAUACAACAACGCUGCCCCCUGGCAUACCUCGGCUGUACUUUCACGCAGACAAGGUUUCACCCUGCAGCUGACCAAGCUACAGUCAAAUUCUGCCCAGAUGUCAGUGCCUUUGUCCUCCAGCCACAAGUGCCUUCAUCCCUCCUGGAGGGCAAGAAAAGCAGCCCACAGAGAAGUGGUUCACAUAAUCUGGAUCCCCUGAGCGGGCUGCCUCUGGAGAUCCUUCAGCACAUUGCUGGUUACCUUGACAGUUUUACCUUAUCUCAGCUGUCCCAGGUCUCCCAUCUGAUGCGAGAGGUGUGUGCCACAUUGCUGCAGGAGAGAGGGAUGGUCUCCCUCAAGUGGGAGAGAAAGACAUAUUCCCGGGGUGGAAGCUCCUGGAGAUGUCGAAAGAAAGUUUGGGAGUUCAGUUCACUGUUUUCCUCUGUGGACAGAUGGAGCUUCAGCAGUAUUCCUUCCAUGUCAGAACACCUGAAAGCAUGCUCCUUCUACCAGAGACAGGAACGCUCUGAGCCGGUGGCUUUAGCUUGCUUAGGCGAGGUCAGAGACAAACUUGGAAAAGUAAAGCAUCAAAGAUGAUGCUUGAGGUCCCAG